AUGAACACACUCACGAAAGUGGCCGCGAUUGCUGGUCUGGUGACGGGAGUUCUGGGUCACGCCGUGAUGCAGACCCCCAAGCCCCGUGUUGGUGGUGCAGCACAACUUGAGCUUUGCGGUGCUGCAGUCACUACUGCCCUGCAGAAAGACAUCACCGGCCCCAUUGAAGACGCAGUCGCAAAGGACAACGGAACAUACAACUGCAACGCGUAUCUCUGCCGUGGGUACCAAUACGAGGACAACACCGACAAUGUUUACGCAUACACUGUAGACGAGUUCUUGUCCUUUCAUAUCCAAUUAGUCGCUGGACAUCAUCCAGGUUGGGCUAACUUAUCCGCGGUCGACUUGGCCACAAACACUGUCAUCGGAGAUCCUCUCAAGGCAUUUGACGAAUGGCCUAUUUCCGGUUCAAAUGACGACAUUAACUUUAACGCCACUAUACCUGCCUCUCUAAGCGAGCCUUGCAGUGAGGCAGGCAAAUGCGUGCUGCAAUGGUACUGGUGGUCCGACAGCAACAGCCAGACCUACGAGAGUUGCCUGGACUUCUAUAUCACAGCAUAA